CCUGUAGAUGGCUAAAGUUACAUCAGACAAAUUCCACCCGUAGAUUUCACUGAAGUGUCAUGUUGACAUGAACGUUGCCAAGCUGCAUCACUGCCCAAAGGUGUGUGUGAAUCAGCAGGGCUGCGGAGCUCCGGCUGGUGAAAGUAAAACAUCUACCACGCUCCUCACCCUCUGACAGGAACGGCAUUUGAAGGUCUCGGAGGUGCUUCCAUUUUUGCUCAGACUCUCAGCUGAGGUCUCUCAUGUUUUCUUCCCCACACAAGCACACAUACACUUAUUUUCUGUUCUUCUCUUAGAGGACCUCCUACUGCAUCAAACAGAUGGCAUAUUAUUUUUAAUACUACCUAACAUUUGAAGCUCAGAUAAACUGAGUGGUUUUCCAAAUAUCGACUGUUAAUUAGUGCAAGAAAUGAAAAACAGACAGGUAGUUUGGAUAUAGUUGAGCUCAAGCUAUGCUUGUGUCUGAAUUCAAAGAACAAGAAACUUGGAAGAUGUUUAGAUAUGGGACUUCAGGUAAGGCUUCUGUUGGAUAUUGGAAACUAUGACUGAUGUGUAAUUUAUUGUUAUUUUUUGAGGAAGACCUAUUUGCUUACAUGUUUAGAAAUAUUAAUUUCUUUCAGUGAUUUCUACAGAGUGGUAUCUAAAAGUUCUGGAUCCUGUUUACUUUGGAUAUAGAUAACAAAGACCACUGGAGGGACAGGGGAAAUCACAAUGAAAAAUUUCAUAUCAGCGUUCUGCCUUAGCAAUUCAGAAAUCCUCUGUAAAAGCUGCUGUUACAGAAGCAGCAACACUUUUCACCGUCCACGCAAGAUACAUAACUGAGUUUUACCAGACUGUUUUCUAACACACCCUCUUCUGAUCUCAUUAGCGAAUGAUUAUCAUUUUAGAUUGUUUCAACUUGACACUUUCAGCCCUGACUCCAAACAUUGCUCACUGAGCUGAAUGAGAAACAUCACCACAUGCUAAAAAUCUGGAACACAGCAGGUUGAGCUGAGCAAAAGGAAGUAGGACUGGAAACUAAGGGUACACUGGCUUUGAAAAUAUUUCUGCAUUAUUUAUUUAGGAAUUUUAGUAGAGGAAGAGAAAAAAAAAAAAAACAAAGAGACAAUUCAAAUUCUGGGAAGAAAACCCAAUUACCAACAGCAGAUCAGAACAGGAUAACAUCUGGGACAGGGUUUGCAGUUUACAGAGAGGAUUAGCUGUUCUGAGGAUCAAAUAUAGAACAGAAAUUGGAUUUGUAAACUGUGUUUUUACCCAUCCUAUCUGAAAGCAAAAUAUAAUGUGAUUAGUUGUAAAUAGGUAGGUUACAGAGUAUGUGCACAAUGGACCCCUAGUAAUAUCUCCAUCACAGUCCUUAAUAUUGAACUGCUCCACCGAGUAGGAGAGCCAGCCAGAGUGACAGGGCUCUUAAUCUCUGCUCUUUCUGAGAGGUGUUUUUAAAUCCUUGUCCUCAACCAGAGGUGGAUACUAUGGAUUAAGAGACAAUGGCCCCUUAUUUCAGAGGAAGAUGUUUCAAAAAAUGCAGAACUGUAUCCAGGAAAGAAACCAGUCCCACAGAAAUGAGCUCUGGAACCAGGAACCAGGCAUCCCCAUGGAGUCCCACUGUCCUACUUUGCACUCACUGUAUGCUACAUCAAAAUUUAAUUUCCAUUUGAAGAAGCCUCAGUUAUAACUCAUUCUGCUUUUCCCAUCUUUGCUUCUUGUUACUUUUCAAGGCAGACAGAGACCAUUCCCCACUUAAACCAAAAGACUGCUUCUUGGUCUUGAUGGAGACCCACCAAAACAAUCAAACUGAGUGUUCAGAGAAGAUUAGUUUUCCUGUCACUUUUUUCUACACAUGGUAGAAGUUUUACUAACAGUAACAAGGACAGUUCUAUGAAAUAAUGUUAACACUCUAACAGGGGAAAGGAAUUGUUUGCAGAUCAGUUUUGAGGAAUACAUUCUUUUCCUCCUGGCACAAAUCCAAGGGAAAUGCAAUUAACAGGGUUUAUAUGUAGCUGAUUUUCUUCAUCGCAUUUAGUCACCAAUCUGCAGGCUGAGGGAGAGGCCUCUGUUUCCCUUUCCCAUGCAGUGUUAUCAUUACUUUGACUCUGCUUACACAUGAUUUUGGCUCUGCCUUUGCUUUCAGAAAUGACACUGGUAGGCUGUAGAAACUGUGGUCUCCUCUCCUUGGCCUCUGUUAGGCUCCAUAGCUUGGUCACAGUCCUGUCCUAAGCAGUGAUUCUUCUAGCACCAGGCAUUAAUGCAGGGAGUAAGGUGCUGUGAGACAUGCCGUAGCAGUGGCUGGCCACCUAGGUGUAGAAAGAGAGACGUAAGCAAGAGGAUGACUGUGGGUCAGAGACAGAUGAGACAGGUCUGAAGGGAGGUGAAGUCCCUCCGUGCUGACUGUGAGUCUGGAUCAGAUCCACAAGCAUUGCCAGAAAAGUAUCAUCAUGGAGACCCAGGCUAAACAGCAAUGGUUUCAGGCCGUCUGUCCAAGCAAGGACAUAUUCACAGAACUGGGUAAGAUGCUCACUUCUGCAGCUAGUGUCAACAGGGCUACCUGUCAACAAAGCCGUAGGUCAACGGUCUUCCUGGUCAUGGGAGAAACCCUGUGUCCCCAGUGGCUGAAGUGCAGCUGCAAGACCAGCGUCACUAUAUUUGCCCUCAUGUUGCUAAUGUCCCUGCAGUGAUAGUGGACUUCAGGCAAAUAAGAUGCCCAUACUGUGCUGGACCCAUCAAUAGUACACAGUACUGUUCUCCCAUCUCUACAAAAUACAUUCCAAUCAUAUUCCAUCAGUACAGCUGACAUCGACCUAAUUGGGAACAUAAACCUGCAGGCAAUAACAGGAACAAUUGCAUAUUGUUGGGAAAUGUCUGAGGCUGCCCGCUUUGUUCUAGAACAGAAGGAAUUUGGUCAGAAAAGCUCAGUAGGCUGCAAUAGAAGAAAGCUUUAGUAGCAUACGCUCUUUGAUUUAAAAGAAAAAAAAUGCAAACAGCUGAGGACAACCAUCCUGAGAUGAGUAUCAAAGUGCGGUGGGUGAUUCACAAAUCCACUUUUAGCAAACUUAGGUAAAAAUGCCAAGUAUGGAAAGCUAAAAAGCAUGCAUGGAGACAGCUCAUGAUCUAGUAUCUACAGUCUUUGUUUUGCUUCCCACACUUUCACUAUUAUGUGGAGGUAAAAAAAGGAAGCAUUAACAUUUAUCUUCAAUGCACUGAAAGCUUCUGCUGCUUUCUAUGAGUCAGGACAACUUUCUUACCUUUUAUGUUUUAAAAUUUAUUUAUUUAUUUUUCCAUCUUUUCCUCUCUUAUCUGUCCUAGUCAAUAAAAAUUUAUUUCCAGAAUAAGAAACCUGAGUACCUGAAAUAGCACUCCUGCCAUAUCACAAGCCUUUAGUGUCUGUUCAGCUGCAAUUAACACGAGCUGCUCAGUUACUGCAUGUACUGGUUGCUGCACCCUCGAAUACUCUAUCAGCUGAUUUUCACAGCAAUCACACCAGUAGGACGCUGUGUUUUUGCUAGUAGCAGGGUUUCAGUCCUAACUGAACUUGACUGGCUAUGUUUUAUUGCUUUGAUUGCUGCUGUAUUUUAAUAACCAAGGGUCAAUCACUGGGCAAAAUAGGUCUUUAAAACACAAACAGGCAUUAAUCCCACCCAUUUGCCUGGUAGGCAAUUACUAACUACUUCAGUAAUUAAGUGCUUUGAUGUUCUAUAAAUAAAAAUAUUGCCUAAUAUAAUCUCAUCUGGGUUAGCAAACAGGGAAGGCGGGUGUGCACGCACGUAUCAGUCACAGUCACCUCUUUGAGGUGACCAAUAUCGUUCUCUACCACAAAAUCCCUGACACUCCACUCAAGAGUAAGAAGGCUCACCACCAACAGUGAAAACUGAGGUCUGAUGCCUUAGAAUCAUAGAAUCACAGAAUGUCCUGAGUUGGAAGGGACCCACAGAAUCAUCGAGUCCAACUCCUGUCCCUGCACAGGACAACCCCACAGUUCACACCAUGUGUCUGAGGGCUUGUCCAGUCUCUUCUUGAACACUGUCAGGCUUGGGGCUGUGACACCUCCCUGGGGAGCCUGUUCCAGUGCUCCACCACCCUCUGGGGGAAGAACCUUUUCCUAAUGUCCAACCUGAACCUCCCCUGGCACAUAUUCCUGACAUCCCCUCAGGUUCUGUCACUGGUCACCAGACAGAAGAGAUCAGUGCCUGCGCCUCCUCCUCCCCUUGUGAGGAAGCUGUAGCCCCAUGAGGUCUCCCCUCAGUCUCCUUUUCUCCAGGCUGAACAAACCCAGUGACUUUAGCCACUCCUCAUAGAGCUUCCCCUCCAAACCCUUCACCUUCCUUCAGCAUCAGCUUGAGUGUUAGUGCGUUGCAUCCCAGGCACAACAGGACUUAACCAGGCUGGCCAGAUCUUGCAGCGUUGCCCUGACUCUCCCAAUACACCAGGCUGGUGAUGUCCCAAGCUGUUAGCAGGCAUCAGCAGCUCCUUGCUGGCAGAGCAUCCUGCAGGCCCUCCCAUGGCCUUGCCAUUGCUAGCAGCAGAGAUUUGGGUCGACAGCACCGACAUCUCCAGGUGAUCUUCAGUAAAUAUUGCAACUCCAAAGAUAUCAUGGACCUCUUCUGCAUUGCAACAGGGUUACCAAGGAACACAACCAUCUCGCUUUUGACAGCAGACAAUUGCAUGGUAUCCAUUGAUCCAACCAUGCCUGCAAACUCAGAGAGGUCUCCAUACAAAGUGAUACCUGUUGCCACGGGGCAGCUCUCAGAGAAAGAAGAAUUGUUCCAGAAUUUAUUGGGACAGAUUGCUGAGCAGUUCUCCAGGGUUUUUAAAAUCAAUGAGCUGAAAACCGAAGUAGCUAAUCACUUGGCAAUGCUGGAGAAAAAGGUUGAAUUGGAAGGCCUGAAAGUAGUGGAGAUUGAGAAAUGCAAGAGCGACAUUAAAAAGAUGAGGGAGGAAAUGGCAGCAAGAAGCAGCAGGACUAACUGUCCUUGCAAGUACAGCUUUCUGGACGAAAACAAGAGGCCGACUCCCCGGCGGGAUGUACCAUCCUACCCAAAGUACAUGCUGUCCCAGGAGACCAUUGAAGCCCUUCGGAAACCUACCUUUGACGUCUGGCUGUGGGAGCCCAAUGAGAUGCUGAGCUGUUUGGAACAUAUGUACCACGAUCUUGGGUUGGUGAAAGACUUCAACAUCAAUCCUAUCACGUUAAAGAGGUGGUUGCUGUGUAUUCAUGACAAUUACAGAAACAACCCCUUUCAUAAUUUCCGGCACUGCUUCUGCGUGACUCAGAUGAUGUACAGCAUGAUCUCGCUCUGCAGCCUCCAGGAGAAAUUUUCCCAAAUUGACAUCUUGAUUCUCAUGACUGCAGCAGUAUGCCAUGACUUGGACCAUCCAGGCUAUAACAACACUUAUCAGAUAAAUGCACGAACUGAGCUCGCAGUACGCUACAAUGACAUCUCCCCACUGGAGAACCACCACUGUGCUGUGGCUUUCCAGAUCAUUUCCCAGCCAGAAUACAACAUUUUCUCCAAUGUUGACCAGGACCAAUUCAAGCAGAUAAGACAGGGAAUAAUUACCUUAAUCCUGGCUACAGACAUGGCGAGACAUGCAGAAAUACUGGACUCUUUCAAGGAAAAAAUGGAAAAUUUUGAUUACUCAAAUGAAGAACACACAACCUGUCUGAAGAUGAUACUGAUAAAAUGCUGUGAUAUCUCCAAUGAAGUCCGUCCGAUGGAAAUAGCGGAGCCCUGGGUAGAUUGCUUACUAGAGGAAUAUUUUAUGCAGAGCGACCGAGAAAAAUCUGAGGGGCUUCCAGUGGCACCAUUCAUGGACCGUGACAAAGUGACCAAGGCAACAGCACAGAUUGGCUUCUUGAAGUUUGUUCUCAUCCCCAUGUUUGAAACAGUAACAAAGCUAUUUCCAGAAGUGGAGGAGGUGAUGCUCCAGCCCCUUUGGGAAUCCAGGGACCGAUAUGAGGAAUUAAAACAGAUAGAUGAUGCUAUGAAAGAGUUGCAGAAAAAGAAAAGUGAAAGUUUGACCACCAGCAGUACCGAAAAGUGAGACUGAAGGUCUCUGAGCAAAACACAAGCCCUAAGUUUAUUCUGGUUUUGGAAAUGCUGUAUUUGCCAAACAGAUGUGGUGGCUACAUCAAAAUCCAGCUGGGACCAUGAAGGGAAGCCCUGCCUGCACACCUGCCUUCCCAGGCACCUUGUCUACAGCCUGCAGCCUGCUUACACAGGUGUUGCUGCCAUGGGACACCGAAGGCUCCCCUCAUGCCCAUUGCAGCCCCCCAGCAGGACUUCUUCCCCUGCGGACAUUACACAGGUUGCAGCACGGCCCAAAUCUUCAGCAGAUUUGCCUUUUCGGUGACCACGCUUACCACAGUCUGUAGAGACAAAGUGGAAUUUAGCUAAGGAGUCUUUUCUGGAAAAUGAUCCACUGUCAUCCAAAAACAAAAGAAAAACUUGUUUUAUUCAAGAUACUAUAUAUGUAUGUGUACAGCAGUAUGCUAAUUACAGCAUAGCUUAACAGAUGCUUAUAUUCUGACAGGGGUCCUGGCAUAUAUUUUUGUUUGCCUAGGAGGCCCUAAUGACACAUUUCUCUGUAUUAUUCUCUGAAUUUUAUAGUGUUCACAGUACAUUCAGAAGCCCAGCAUAGUGGAUGCAAUUUUUUUUGUUUUCUACGCUAGAAGAAAUCAGAAGAAACCUGAAUGAGUUUGCAGGUUCGCUUUGUGGCCUGUUCCAGCUAGAGUUCACAGGAGCGUUCAGCAUGAACAGAGAAGGGAGCACAAAGCUGAAACCACUGUGCAAGCAUAUUUUUAUCCUCAUGGAUGCAAAAAGCAACAACAAGAAAAACCUUCAAAGAUGUACAGAUUUUUUUUUUUUAACUUUUAAACUGAUCUGCUAAAUAAUAUAUUCUUCUACAGAAA